UCUCCGUUUUGUUACCUCUUUUACUUGUAGCCUUCUAUUUCUGUCUGGGUUUUUGCAAUCAUUUGUUCAUUUCAGAAAGACCUUUACCAGGAAUCCAAUUAAUUUUGGAAAAUAAAUUAUUUUAGAGGUUUCAUUCACAUGUAAUGUUUUUUAAAAAAUCCUUCCAGAAGUUACAAUAUUUUUAUGAAGUAAUAGUUCUCCAAGUUAGCAUAUUUCUGUACUUGCAGUUCACUCAUUAUUGCCUCUACCUCCAUCCAUUCCUCUCCAAUAAAUAAAUAAAUAAAUAAAUACAAAAAAAGAUUAUUGUAAAUUUUGGCACACACUUGCAGUGGCAUCACUUGCUUAGAAGUUACAUACUUUGGAUUUCCUCAGUUUGUGAUAUGCUGAAAUGUCUUUCAGAUGUUUUUAAUCAUGAAAAAAUUCAGGAAACCACAGUAAUCCAUAAUAAAACUUCCUUUCCCUUUUUAAAAAAAAUAGCCAAUAAAUUAGUCUACUGUAUCUUAUCAAAAUGCCACAUUUGUCUAUGACUGAACCUUAAACAAAAGGUCAGGCAUUUACUUAGACAGCUAGAUUGGGUAGAGAGAAAGCAGGCUUAACUAAGUGUACUUUCAGUUCCUGUUUCCAAUUGAGACUCUUCUCUGGCUGGAGCCAAGCCCACACUGAAAGCUCAUUGGUCCGAGAUGCUUCAACUUCCUACACAAACAAAGAUCUCUGCUGUUUUUUUAAGUUGAAAGACGCAGUCUGUUGUUAUGGUGUGUUUGGAUUCAGGACAGAGGGACAGUAUUUUAGUUGCUGAUAUGAAGUGCUGACGUUGUGCUGCAUGAAGAAGUUUUCAUUUAUAAAUGUUGGACUAAUGCCCAGACUGCUAUGGUAGAAUCUGGAAGAAAAUACAAUAAGGAGAAGAACGUCAGACCAAUUUGCAGGAACAUAUAUGUGGAGAAAAAAGGCUUUAUCAAAAGACACUUUGCAAACAGUGAAAGAACUAGAUAAUGGACAAUAGUUAUGAAUCUUUAAAAACCUAUCCUGAGUCAUCCCUUAUUAUCCAUGCAGAGUCAAAAGAAUGCUUUAUCUGUCGAGAAGGAGACGAGAUGGGUCGUGACGCUCUGCUGCACUUCUGUGACUGCAAAAACUUGAUUGCUCACCAGAAGUGUGUGUUAACCUGGAUACACAAGGGUUCUGAUAAUAAGGAUAGACCAAGAUGCAAAGUAUGUACAGCUGAGUACCAGCUACAGAAAGGAUCGGUGUGGAGAAUCCUGUUGUGCCACUGGCAGAAUUGGCUCUUCUUCUGCUUGGUCCUGGCAGUAAUGGCUAUCAUUCCCUUUGCAGUCUAUAGAAUGAUGGUAGCUUUUAAGGACCCUCCACCCAGUCUAGUAUUCCACGCAGCAGCUGUCUGUUUCGGAGUUCUUGCAGAAACUCUUCUGAUCAAAUACGUAUUGUAUUACUGCAGCAACAAAUACAACAAGGCCAAGAUGUCUUCAUUUUCCAUCAGAGCAAGAAGUAUAGAACAAUGUGAUCGAGGCGUUGGUCUUCUGUGGCCAGCCGGUCUGAACCCUUCAACAGCUGUGAUGAGCAGAACAGAGAUGGGAAAGCAGGAGGCAGUCAAAGCCAAAGAAGGCUUCACCCUGAAGCUGUGUGAAUGACUGAAGCAGAGCAAGGACCCAAGGAAAGCCCAGCAGCAAGGGAAAAAAACAGAUUGACUCUCAGUGACUCAUUUAGCUCCUGGAUUGGACAGAUCUCUCCCCUGCUGGCAGUUUGGCUGAGUAUCAAUGGGACAGAUACCAGGAUGAAUAGCUUAAAAUAAUUAGGGGGCCAAUCUGCAAAACUGCUUUCAUCCAAUUCUUUACUGUGUGAUGAAAGACACAAAACAAAUUACAUUUAGAUUAUUAAAUAUUAAGCCACUGGAUUUACCUCCAUUUGGUCCAAAGCAGGAAAUUGGAUAAAAUUCAAUUUUAUAUCAUUGUGUUGAUGGCCUGUUUAUCAUCAAAUGAGUGAGUGUUUUUUGGCAGGUCAGACUCUUUGACACAUGGGAAAAAUAGGUGUUUAAUUUAAAUGAGAAUUAAUGCAAUCAUAAUUAACAAAAAUGUGAACAGAAUCAAAUGUAGGCGAGAGUUUAGUUUAAUGCUUAGCAGUUUAAACUAUGUGUUUGAGGACACAUCCUGCUUCAAGUGAAGACAAUGGCAAUACAGCCACAGAAUUCAAUGGAAACCAGAGUAGGCCUUGUAAGUAGACAGGCAGGAUUCCCUGUACUUUAUAUUAAAUGCACAAAAACAGAAGCAACAAGCUCGUUUAGUAUCAGUAAAGGUCAGUUAAAAUUAUAGAGACAUCCUUUGGAGCAGAUCUUCUGCCUUAUAUUUGCAUAUUUAUGAACUAGAGAUUAUGACAAGCCAAUCCAUUUAUUAGAGCAGUGUUGCUAUAGUUAAUAGUCUGUCAGCAUUUCCAUUAUAAACCCCGUUUUUCAGUGUUUUAAUCUCUCAGCCUUUUGAAAUCCCAUCAGAAAGCAGCAUGGCCCUUGUGUUGUCAAGCCACGUGUGUUUUUUAAACAUUUUAAAGAAAAAUGUAUUUAAACGAAUUCAGCCAUGUCUGAUUGGGCAAAUGGUGGAACUCAAAAGAUUUGUGGGAUUUUUAUUUAUUUAUUUUUUUAGGGAGAUUUUGACAAUCACUUCUUCUCUCACCACCAGAGUUUGAGUUGUCGUUGAAACUAUCUGCUGUCUUUCUGUUGUUCACUUGCUUCCCAUCUUCUUUGGGACAAUUCAUUCUUCUUUCUCCCAGCUUAUCCUCAGGUCUCUUUUCUACACUCUGAGUCAUGUUAUUUCCCCCAAAUCCUCCUCAUGUAUCCAGGAUGUGUGCCAGCAAAGUCACACUUCUUGGAUUUUGUCAGCCACCUCACAGACAUUGACUUCCAUCCUAAUGCUUUCAUUUUGAAGUCCAUUCACAUAACUCUUUUUUAUUAUGCAAAGACAGUUCACCUCAAACACCUGUCGGCAUUGAACCUGCUGUAUCGUAUCAUACAGCACUGGAGAGUACGCCAGUGUUCUAUACACUUGGAAUCUCAGCUAGGAGGUCAUUCCACACUCUUCCAGCACUCUCGAGUCUCAUGUUCAAGCUUGCUCUUUUCUAUAACCCAGCUGCCAAAGUACUUGAACUGGUCAGUCUGGUUUAGUCAUGCUACCCAAUUUCUCUGUGGCACCUCUACUGAUACCCAUGACCUCAGUCUUAGUCAUGUUCAUUUUCAUUCCAUGCCUGCUUAGCUGGUUAUAGUGCUGAUUUACUUUUUCCUCUAGGUGCUCUUUCGAGGAUGCUCUUCUUAUUGCUGUAUCAACUGAGUCUAGCAGCUUCUCACCUUUUUGCAUUGGGUUCUUCUUGCUGACAUAGGCCAUCAGUAUGAUAAACAGCAGUGGACUGAGAGCUGACCCUGGUGCAGUCUGACUUGCACUUCAAAGGGAUUGUCAUUCCAAUACAUGUUCAGAUCGCUGUUUUUAGGUGAUGUACAUAGUGCGUUCGCCAUAAAUAUUAAAUCCUCAGACACUCCAUAUUUUCUCUGCAUUGGUGUGAGCAUCCUUGUGUCCACUUUUUUGACAAACCCAUCUAUCAAAAACAUUUUGAAGUUUUGAAAAAUAACAUUUUGCAAGCAGCUAGUAUCUAAAGGGAACAUCAGUCCUUCGGGCAAAGUCGAAGUUGCUGGAGCACUUAUCAGACAGUGACAUCACGCUGGUCUCAAACAUGUGCAAACUACUGUGGCUGCACAUGCUGCCCUGUGCCCUCACUAAUUUCUUGGCAGCCAAAGCAUUAGGCUAGGGGUGACCACUAGGAAAAGAGAGGAUGUGAGACAGCGGGGGUCACAUUAAGGUGAAUGAGAUGCCUAGAGUAACACAAGCAGCAGGGACAGAUCCACAUUGUUGCCUGGUAGGAUGGAGAGUUUUGAAAGCAGCAUCCCUGUAGUUGAUUCUUCUACUUCUUCUGAUAAAUUGAUUAAGACCAGCAAUAUGGACUUCUGAUAUUUUGGAAUAUAACUUUUAGUACUUUGCCGAGCUUUUCCUAUUUACCCUGCAUGCAAUAUAGAGACAAGCUGUACCAUUCUCUUGCUUCUUUGAACUUCUUACUUACUUUACAUGUCCCCAGCUUGUGUCCAGCAGAGAAAGGAAUUCCAUUUAUUGCCAGCUCCCUGGCAGAGUACAGACUGAUUAUUGCAAGACCAGGAAAAGGCGUAAAGUGAUGAAAUUUUAAAAAUAGCUCUUCAAUAAAAAGAGCUGGAUCUUGUAAUUCUACCUGCUUCUAAAGAGUACCCAGGAAGAGGCAAAAAUGGAGGAGAACAGGCCUUCGCCUGAGAAUACAGUCUUUCCCAUCAUUCUUGCCGUAAGAUACUGGGACAACUGAUACUCUGGAGACCAAAGUGGGAUUUAUAGAACUAAUGCAAGGAAGUUACCCCAGACACAUCAUGCACGAUGCACUCAUUGUGUCACAUCUUAUAAAAGCACCAAACUUGCAACCAAAACUCUACAAACUUUUAGUUAUAAAAGCUAUAACUGAAAUAAAAGACAGGACUAUGCAGCACUUUAAAGACUAAUAAGAUGGUAUAU